UACUACGUACCAACCCCAUCGACGCUGAUAAGAGAGAGAGAGUAGUAAAUUCUAGAAUGUGAUGCUUCGAGAGUCAAGAUUAUUGAACAUAGACUCUUUUAAUGAAAUGAAAAAAUAUUGAAAUAAGGAAAGGAAAUGGCAUUUUUGAGGGCUGUGGUGACAUCAAAAACUGCUAUCGCUGCUGCAAUUCCAGCAGCCUUUGCACUUUCUUCCCUCUCCUCGUCCUCCUCCUCUUCUUCUUCUUUGAAUUUUCCGCAAAGGUUUUCUAAAAACUUAUCUGUUCAUCUCUCUACGACUCAUAGCCCAGAAAAAUUGUGCCUUGUCAACAGUCUUGGGAACCUAGCACUGGCUUCUGUUCAAAUGGACGCUCCUCUAUCGAAUCAGAACCCACCUGCCCAGAACGGUGCAGUUUUGCCAGAAUUACUGACGGAAUUUAUGGUGGAUAUGAAGUGUGAGGGCUGUGUUAAUUCCGUCAAGAAUAAAUUACAAACUCUUGAUGGUGUUAAAAAUGUGGAUGUGGACUUGAGCAAUCAAGUUGUGAGGGUUCAAGGAACUUCACCAGUGAAGAUUUUAACUGAAGCAUUGGAGCAGACUGGUCGAAAAGCCCGGUUAAUCGGACAAGGGGUGCCUGAAGAUUUCCUUAUUUCUGCUGCUGUCGCUGAAUUUAAAGGACCUUCUAUUUUUGGAGUUGUUCGCUUAGCUCAAGUUAACAUGGAAUUGGCUAGAAUUGAAGCGAACUUCAGUGGUUUGCCGCCUGGAAAACAUGGUUGGUCCAUCAAUGAAUUCGGGGAUUUGACGCAGGGUGCAGCAAGUACCGGGAAAGUGUUCAACCCGAUGUGCGAUGCAGAAGAGCCGGUUGGUGACCUGGGAACACUAGACGCGGAUGAGAAAGGCGAGGCUUUCUUCUCCGGCGUGAAAGAAAAGCUGAGAGUUGCUGAUCUGAUCGGACGAUCAAUAGCGGUGUAUGGAACUGAGGAUAAAUCAGAUGAAGGUCUCGCUGCUGCUGUGAUAGCUAGAAGUGCUGGAGUUGGUGAGAACUACAAAAAGCUUUGCACUUGUGAUGGCACUACCAUCUGGGAAGCAACCAAUGCAGAUUUCGUCAGCAGUAAAGUUUAAUAUUAUGAUCUGUUUGUAGAUUUGUCUCCUGAUGUUGUGCCUUUCAAACGUUGUAAGCUCUAGAAACAUAAUAAUCGCUUAAGAACAAUAACAAGUGAAAUACUAUAUGUUGAACAAAAUUCUGCUAUUGUUUCGAAUGGUUGUUAAAACUUGGAUUUUACAAUUCUAUGAUUUUGAAAGGAUUUGAUGAUUUUGUUU